AUGGUCACAUUUCCUGUUGCGUCCGUCGCGCGCACUGUGUGCCAGGUCGUCCCCGUGGACGACUCGCCCGUGACGUUCUUGCCAGAAUUUCAAAAAGGAGGCUGCAAGAGUAUCGUCCAAGCCGUCAAUGCCGGGCCUGUUGUUGCCUCGGACAGCGGCUUUGUCCGUGGCGUCAUGGAGGCCUACAAUCGACACCACGACCUCGUGCUCCGCCCCGACGACGUGUGGCUCGCGAUUCUUACGCAAUUUGGCCUGUACGUCGUCGCCAACGCGGACGAACUCCGGCACUUGCUCGUUCAGCACGACGGCCAGAAGGAGCUCACGAUCGACUCGGAUGCGUCCUUGUGGACGGCCGACUUUGGUGCAUUCGCGGCGCAAUGGGUCGACCUCAUGGACGACCACCUCGCGGACCCGAGCCUCAAAGACUGGUUGCUUCCAGCGUUCUCAACGACGACACACCACGACGUGAUUGUCGCUAGCGUCAUGCUCAUGGCGACAAUGAAGAAGUACUUUAGCUACUCGUAUAGCUUUCUCUGCGGCAUUCCGCACGUGACAUUGCUUGGUACGGUCGACGACUGGCAAGACAUUCGCAGUCGACUCGACAAGCUCGCAGCAUACGGCUCACGCAUGCAGGAGUGGACGGCGCUCCUGGCGCCGAUUUUCGACCAGUUUGUUGCAUCGGCCACCGGACUCGUCGAUGUGGCGUUCUGGAACAAUAUUUGCAGCCAUCACCAUGCUGGGUCGGGCACCAACUACAUCAGCGGCUGGCUCAGCGUCUUUUGUGUCUUCAACGACGAGGGCAAAUGGCAAGGCGACAAGCGAACGCUUAACGAGUUGCGAUACAAGCCCGACGCGGAUCAUAGCUCCUUCAAGCGUAGCGACUUUGUUUUCGUGGAAGUCGUGCUGCAGUACCCGCUCGUCGACAGUGACUCCAUUCCGCCAGGGUACCUCACGGUCGACGUGACCAUCGAUGACAACGGGACGGAACGCAAGGCGCUCAUGUUUGCGGGCCACAUGGGAUACGGCAUUGGCAACGACAAGGCGUCUAUUGAGCCGCGUGCAAGCUGGGCGAUCGUGCUCAAGGACGGCGAGCCCGCGCCACCGACCGACGAUGAAUUGCUCUUUACGCGAUUGAUGGAGCAGCUCAAAGUUGCGUCGGCGGCCACCACCAACCCAUAA